AUGGAGUUUGCUAUUUAUAUGCUGGAAGGAGAAGCUGAGCAUUGGUGGCAAGGGAUACCGCGACUGUUGCAACAAGAUGAAGGCGAUGUUCCUUGGAAUACUUUUAAGGAUAAAUUUUAUAAGAAGUAUUUUCCGAGGGCAGCUCGUGACGCUAAGGAGAUGGAACUUAUACAGCUGAAACAGGGUAACACAACUGUUGCAGAAUAUGCCCGUAAGUUUGAUGACUUGUGCCGUUUCUCCAAGAUUUGCCAAGGGAAUCCUGCUGAUUUUGAAGAAUGGAAGUGCUUAAAGUUUGAAGGGGGUCUUCGUGAGGAUCUGAUGAGUUCAGUAGUCCCAUUGGAGAUACGAGAUUUUGCUGAGCUGGUUAAUAAGUGUAAGUUAGUGGAAGAAUGUGCUAAGAAGCGAAGGAAUCCACAUGUUGGUAACGCUCCUGCUCGCCCUAUGGGUGGAAACGGAGGUAGACCAAGGCAGGAAAAUGGUAAACGACCCCAACAAGCACAGGUGAAUACUGCAUGUAGGCAGUGUGGGAAAGAUCAUGGUAAUAGACCCUGCUUGUUUGGAACAUCCAAGUGUUAUAUUUGUAAUGACCCAGGACAUAUGGCUAAGAAUUGCUCAAAGAGGUUUACUCAGAAUCCAGCGCGAACCCAGCAACAAGGUCGAGUGUUUGCUAUGACUGCUGAUGAUGCUAUGCAAUCAGACGCCCUGAUCCAAGGUCAGUGUUAUGUUAAAAAUCGAUUUCUAACUGUACAGUAUGAUUCGGGUGCAUCGCAUUCCUUUAUUUCUUUAACUGUUGCUCGUGAGUUGGGACUAGAUUUCUCUGAGUUAAACUUUGAUCUAAUUGUCCAUACCCCUACAUCCCAAAAUGCUUUGACCAGUUUAGCGUGCCUGCAAAUUCGAGUAAAAGAAUCAGAUAUACCGAAGACUGCAUUUAGAACUCGAUAUGGUCACUAUGAGUAUACGGUUAUGUCGUUUGGACUAACUAAUGCUCCUGCAAUUUUCAUGGAUUACAUGAAUCGUAUUUUCCGUCUGUACCUCGAUCAGUUCGUAGUAGUUUUCAUAGACGAUAUUCUCAUCUAUUCGAAGACAGAAAGAGAGUAUGAAGAACAUCUAAGGACUGUAUUGCAGAUACUGAGGACUCGGAAGUUAUAUGCUAAACUAUCAAAGUGUGAAUUUUGGACAGAUAAGGUGGCAUUUUUGGGACAUGUCAUAUCACAGGGAGGAAUUGCAGUGGAUCCUUCAAAAAUUGAGGCAGUAGUGUAA